UGCCAUGGGAUCUUGAUUUUUACAGGCUGUGCGGUUUUUACAUGAGACUGGAGUGAUGUUACACUAUGAUGACCCGUCCUACCACCUAAGUGAUCUGUAUUUCAUUGAGCCCGAGUGGCUGUGCCAAUUGAUGGCUCGUGUUGUUACUGUCAGGGAAAUCAACCCAUACAUCAACCAAAAUGGGAUUCUAGGCAAGGACAAGUUGAGAAUACUUUUGUCGGACUUCGAACUACCAGGGGCAUCACAGCAGCAAUAUCUUAGACUUCUUGAAAAGUUUGAUAUUGCAUUGCCUAUUAGUGAUAGUGAGCUUCUGAUACCAUGCAAGAUGCCCAACAAGCAUCCAGCAAUUACCCUACCAGUUAGAGCCAGGAAAGUUUCCAAGCAUUUCAUGCUAAUGGUACCAAAGAAGAAGGGAAGACGUGCUGUAGUGUGUCCUCCACACACGAUUGGUCCACCAGUUCUGUUGAGCCGGUAUUAUGACAUGCCUUACAUCCCAAUUGGCCUCUGGUCCAGACUCAUUUUGAGAAUAUUACUCUUUGCUCAAGACAGGGUGAUGCAGAAUGAUGAGAUUUACAACUUAGUCUGCAAUUCGAUGAGCGCCACAGAUGACGGUCUUUCGAAAAUGUUUAAGAGCUGUAAUAUGAGAACUGAGUACUGGCGUGAAGGCAUCUAUGUUUGCUGGUCAAAGGAUGCUUUCAUGUUGGUUGAACCAAAAGAUAAGGAGCCAGAUGUAUUAUCAGUGACUGUUCCAAAUUCUAAACUAGGCCAAAAGCUACUUGGAUUGACAUGUGACUUAAUUGAUGAUCUUGUGGAGGAAUGGUUCCCAGGUUUGAUGGAGAUUGAUCCCUUACUUGGCCGGCCAUUGCUUCAGAAACAGGUCCCCUGCUCCUACUGCUCAGCUCAUGUUUUUGAUGUGGAUGACUUGUUACAACUUGCAAGUCAAGAAGAGCCUGCUGAGUGUAACACGCAUGGUAAAGAGAUUGACAUUGCAAAGCUGGCCCCUGAUUUGGCGCUAACUGAUAUCGAGGAGAAGUUUUAUUUAGAUAGGCGACAUUUCCGGUUCAAAGAGAGCUCUGAGAAUUUGCUUGGUGAUGGUGGUUUUGGGUCAGUCUACAAAGGCAUGUACAAAAAUAAGCAAGUAGCAGUGAAGGUGUUUAACAGGAUUGGUGAUAUCCACCCUCACAGGAUGCUGCGACAGGAGAUUUCAGUGCUCCGUCAUCUUCGUCAUCCUAGCUUAAUCUCACUAGAAGCUGUUGGGAUAAACCCACGAAUGUUGAUCAUGGAAUAUGCAUCGUCUGGCGCCCUCUCUUCAAUCUGGAAGUCUGGUUACAGAACGUUAACCAGGAGUCAGCAGCAUAGGAUUGCAUUACAGGUUGCUGAGGGUUUGGUGUUUUUGCAUGAGAACAACAUUGUCUAUCGUGACCUGAAGCCCGACAACAUCUUAAUCUUCUCUCUCAAUCUAGGAAUGAUGAUUAACGCAAAGAUCGCUGACUACGGUAUUUCCAAGUUUACAACACGUUACGGUUUGAAGUCCAGUGAAGGCACACCAGGCUACAGAGCACCAGAGGUCAUCAGAGGAACAGCAACAUACGUCGAUGUUUAUUCUUUUGGGAUUGUUUUGUAUGAACUUGUCACUGGCGGCAAGAAACCAUUUGAAGAUCUUGACUUUCGCAAUGAGCUAGAUGAUGCUGUUGUUAGGGGGCGUAAAUUACCUCCUUUAACAGAAAGUGAUGUUGCACCAUGGCCAGAGUUGCAGGAACUUAUUGAUCUCUGUCUGGAACACAUACCAGAGAAUAGACCUACGUCGGAACAAGCAUAUCAGCGUUUAAGUGCACCUGAGUUGUUGUGUCUGCGAAAUACAUUUCCACUCUUCAAAGGAGUAUCAGUAGAAUGUACUACAGUUAGAGUGUGUAAUAACGUUGAAAAUGAUGAGACGCUAGAGGUGUGGUUCGCUGGUGGAGAUCCUCAAAUGAGCAUGAUAUGCAAAGUCAAUAUUGCACAACAUGAACAAGAUGCGAUGGUACAGGGCAUGGCAUGUAAACAUGGCCGAGCACUCUGCAUGGUGAAUGCAGGGAAGGACACAGUACUGUUGGGGAUGCAAUCUGCUGUGAUAUGUGUCUUUGAUGCUAAUAGUGAGGUACCCAUAUUGAAGCAUACUAGUUCCAGGCUCACAGAUAGUGUCCUAAGUUUAGUAUGGAAACCUAGUGGUACCAAUAUGGGUCAAGUUUAUGCAGGAUUAGCAGAUGGUCAGCUAUUAAUAUUCAAUGCAGAACACCUUAUUAAGAAUCCAGAUUGUAAAGCAGAGAAGAGCAUCCAGGUUGGUUCUUCUAAAGAGCCAAUCAAAUGCAUGACUGCUACCAGCAGUAAACUGUGGCUGGGAUGUGGUGGUCAGCCGAUAUCACUUGAACUUCAAUGCCUGGAAGAGGAAUCUUAUGCAGACAUACGAACCCCAACGUCAACGUCUGACCACCUUUCUCUGAUAACGUGCGUGUGCAUCGAUCAGAAACUCUGGCUUGCUCGGCGCAAAAGUAGUGUAAUUGAGAUCCAUGACAUUACACGUCAUUCAAUGACAAAUGGUGAGGCUUAUUCGGGCUCCAAGCAGUUAAUCAAUGUAGCUGAAAUAAUGAGGGAAGCAGACGCUGUUGUCAAGUCGAUGAUCAUCCAUUCGCAGGUGGCAUGGGUUGGCACAUCUGUCGGACAUAUUUGUCUGAUAGACACGCUGUCAUUAAAAUUGAUCACAGUUGUGAAGAGACAUAAUGGUCCUGUUCGAUCUUUGACGCUAGCCCAAGAACAAGGCUAUGGGAAGUCAAGCUGUGUAAUAUCUACUGGCGUGGCCUAUACCACAUCCACAAGCAACGCCAAUCAUGAAUAUGAAUGUAGUUAUGCUCUUGUUUGGGACGCUGAAUUUAAAAGUCAUGUGAGGAGUCUGAAUGCUGCCGCUGAGCAACGUAGCAAGUGGAUUGAGAGCAGCGGCCAGCGUAACUGGGCCAAAAUACGUCAGGCAGCCAAACACGUAUCAAAGAUGCAGCAUGGCAAGACAGACAAACCUUAAAAUUGUGACCAUUACUUCUGCCAGAGGAGGAAUUAUGUAUCCACCACUGUCUGUCUGUUAGCAAGAUUACAAAAAAACUAUUGAAUUGAUCAUCAUAAAAUUUAGUGAAAUGGUACAUAAUAAUCAAAGAAAGAUAAUCAAUUUUUGGAAAGAAAGGUCAAAGGACAAUAUUAAGGUCAUGGAAAUUCGAUAUUUUACCCUCGACCAUAAAAGAAAAUAUUGGAAUCUCCCCUCAUUUUCAGGCACAGCCCGGAGGUAUAAUGUCCCUGAAUAUUAUGGGCAUUUCCAUUAUUUUUUUUAAGGAUAUACAGAAAAUAAUGUUCCUGAACAUGAUGGGAGAUUCCAUUAUUUCCUUGAGGGUAUGCUGCAAUUUUGCCCAUCAUUUACAGUCUGUGUAUUGUUGGUAUUCAGGCACCAGGCAGAGGUAUGCAGUCUAUGUUAUUAAACAUUAUAAAUUGGCUGUUCAUUGGGUAUAGACCACACAACUUGACGUGGUAUACACUAUGAUGAAUAUUGUCAUUGUUUGGGAACUAUUUCAAAAAAAGCUUCCCACCAGAGUUCCUAUUAGAGCUUUCCAAUAGAGUCUCUCACUCUUCCACGCUAGCUCAACACCACUGAACCAUGGACAUCUCCGCUAAACCCUGCCCCUUGGACAGGGGUGGCGCCAGUGGGGGAGGUGUAACCAGCUUGCCAAAAUCAUUAACUAAUUCUGUGAAACUCCAAAAAUUGUCAUAUUUUUUGGGGGCUUCGCUCCCUGAAACACUUUCAAGAGAUUUUGAGCCCGACCACGCCUAAUUUUUUUCGUUGGAGACAUCGGAACUCCCAUCGGGCAAAUCCUGGCGCCACUACAGUGUCCUUGGAUACUGUUGCUAGGUCCCACAAAAUGGCAGUGUAAAAAUGAACUUGUGAGUUUGUCAGACAGCACAUGUUUGUAGACAUGCGUGUAUUCCUGAUUGUUCUGAUUGGUCAGUUGUUAAGUUUCAUUGACACUCUGGUAAGGUCGAUCGCUUGUUCUUUGUAUGUCUCCAUCAACUAUCUCAUUUGUAUUUCACCUAACUUCAAAUUCGUAAUCAAAUGUUGAGUCUCUAGCCUUGGUAUCAGACCAAAAUGUUUAGUGCAAAAUUAGGCAGGAAUAUUUCCAAUUUUAUUUAUUUAUUUAUUUAUUUAUUUAGUAGUAGAUUAGUCAAAGAGGUGUUAUGUCUGCUAUUAUAUCAUGUUUAUAUAAAUAGUUUGAACAUGCAAUUCUAAGUUUGGUUGUAAAGAUUAUUAAUUCCAAGAUGAAUGGCAAAGUUGCUAAUGACAUGCUAAUAAUGUCUCCAUCAGCAAAGGGGGCCUUCUUUCAGUGCAUUUUUAAAGUUUUGUUUUAUAUAUGAAAUCACGAUUUCUACAAUGCAAUAAAAAUUUCUAAUGUUUUUUCCGCACAACUACAAACUCAGUGAUAUCCCAAGUACUUAAUGGUGUUACUUGUGAUUAUGUUGAUAUUUAUAUUUUUUAUGACAUAUUAUUACAGUUACCUCAAAUUGUAAAGAUACCACUGAUAAUUAAUGCCAACACAGGAUGUUAAGCAUUAGAGCUAACAUAAAGCACAUAGAGGCAGGUUAUUGCAAUUAUGCUAUAUAAAGCAUUAUUAUUUUUAUUUUUUUUUUAUUAUUAUUAUUUUUAUUAUUAUUUUUAUUAUUAUUUUUUUUAUCUUGGUAGUGUCAGCCCUAGUCAAUAUUUUAAUUCAUUUAUAAGCCAUGAAAUACUUGCACCUAAAGGCUGAAAAAUAGCGUUAACCAUUUCACAGUCCGUCAACAGUGCAAGUUGGUGUAAUAAUCAUAGCCAGCCGAGAACGGUUAGCAUGUGGUUCGAACCUGAAUGGAAAUUGCAGUGCCAAACUGCAUUCCCCAAUUAUUAUUAUAUUAGGUAUAUAUAUAUUAUUUAUAUUACUAGAGCUAAUAAAUGCUGUGUUUUAUUUAAAGCAUUCAAAAUUUAAAUUUUUAUUAGGGUGAUAAACUAAUAAUAUUUUUUAUACGGCCUUAUUUAUGGCAUGCAUUGUACUUGCAAAUGUUUUCCAGAGCUGGUGGUCUUCACUUCACUCCAUUAUAUGUUUUUAAAUAUUUUUCAUUUGUAAUAUAUUAAUGCCAAACAGGGGUGUAUCAAAUAGCCAUAUGGUACUGUACAUGUAACCUUGUAUAUAAUUUUAGAAAAUUUUAUAAUUAAUUUUUGUAUACAAAUUCUAAGAAAAUUUCUGUGUCUGUAUUUUAAAGAUACAAAAGGUGCCAAUACUUUAUACAUCUUUGUUGUAUAUGUAAUAAGGAUGAUGGAAUAAAAGUGACAAUAGCAAUCUAUAUAAGAAUAUAUAAGCCUAAUAGUUUAGUUGUUUUUGGCCUUUGUACUUACCAUGAUGUAAUAGAGAUUAUUUUUUUGUCUGCAUUUGUAUACCUGUACUUAUAUUUGCAUUUAUUUUGUUGGCAACAAAAAUUAAUUACUGGUAAAGAGUUUAAAAAGAUGUAAUCACACUCAGAAUUGAACAAUACCAGUUUUUGUAUUCUUUUUGUAAAUGUUUACCCAUAAUGGUAUGUUAGCUAAGCACCAAUAGUUUCUAUAGGUGCAUACAUUUUGUGUAGUAAUAAUUUCUGUUUUAAAUAAUUAACAAAUGUUUAUGGAGAUGGGAUUUUAUUUUCAUGUAUGGAGGACAAAAUAUUCGAAAAGUACAUGAACGUUUUAAGCCAUUAUAGUUCAACCAUUAAAAACAAGUUCUCGUAAUCUCGAAAGCUCCGAUGAGAGCAGUUAAAUAGAGGCAGUAUAUUAUAUUGGCUCUAACGGCCGCUCAUACAAAAUAAAGAUGUAUUAAUCAAUUAGCCGUGUGUUUCUAGAGCUCUUACGGCCGCCCAUACAAAAAAAAGUUCUCUUCUAUAAAUUAAUCAGAUGAGUGUUUCUGAAGCUUCUCAUUGGAGCUAUAAAUCCAUUUCCAAGCUAGAUGAAACAAUGUUUAAACUUUAAAAGUUACUAAAUUUAAAAUAUUAAAUACUGCCCUCUGCAGUUCCCUCUCGCUUGAACCUAUAUUUUCAAUUUCUCAAAUUAUUGAUACUGUACAUUUAUAAGACCUUGAUUGGCCUAGUUAGUUACACAGCUAACGUUUAUAAAAUAAUUUAUGGCAAGUGUAACAUUUACUUUGUAUAUUGUUGAUAUUGAUGUUAUCUGUACCGGUAUAUACAGUAACUCCAUCGUGAUUUUGUUUUUUUUAACCAACUUGGUUUUGUAACUAAUCCAUUUCUUGAAUGAAAACUUAUUUUUAGGUGCAUACGUACAUAAUUAUUAUCCUAUUUAUUGUUUAGUCUGCUUACUGGUAGUUAUUAUAUAAUGUCAUCUGUAUUUUCUCAGUCACCAAAUAUAUGUAUUGUGCAUUAAAAACUUAUUUUAUCACGUAAA